AUGGAAGUUUUUAUUAAAGAUACCGUACGGAGAAGUGACGUUGAUAAAACUGUGCAUAGUUUAUCAGAUGUAGUGAAGGAGCGUAGAUUCUCACUUAAGUAUCUCAUUGAGUGCUUGAUUUCGAGGGGAGCAAUUGUGAAGGAUCAGCUUUUGCUAGACAAGGCCGUAUGGAUUAUGUUUCUCAAAGUUAUUAAUUUCUGCUAUCUUCAAGCAAGAGAGGCAUGUCUAUGUGCCCUCGAGCGAUUAAUCACAAUGAUUGAUGAGCGGAAACGCAUAGGUUCCAUGGUUAGGUUGGUCAUAACUCCAUCAAGAAUCAUUUAUGUAGUGCCUGAAACAAUUAUGGCCAAUAGAGCUUUGCGAAAGUAUGACCAUGAUGGAACACGAAUGAUCCGUGUUACUUUUAGGGAUGACGAUAAUCUAAUUAUGCGUUCAAACAAAACCUCGACAAAGUUGAUUGAGAAGACGCUAAAAAAGUAUUUAGGUGAUGGUGUUAGAGUAGCUGGUCGCAAUUUUGGCUAUUUGGGAAGUUCAAAUUCACAAAUGCGUGAUUCGGGUGCAUAUUUCUUAGAAAAGUAUUCGAAUAUGAUGCUUAUGGAGUACCGGGAAAUGAACCAUGAGGAUCCACCUAGUACAUGGCAACCCAAGAUUGUUGAGGCGCGUCAAUUUCUUGGAAGGUUCACACAAAUCGAAAGUAUCCCGAAAUUAAUGGCACGCCUUGGCCAGUGUUUUACUCAGACUAGGAUCAUUUACAGGAAAGAGUAUACCUUCAGCGAUGGUGCAGGUAUAAUAAGUAAGGAUUUGGCUACUGAAAUAGCAAAAGACAUGCAGCUGGGUAACUGUGUGCCAAGUUGUUUCCAGUUCCGUUUUCGUGGAAUGAAAGGUGUAGUGGUAGUUGAUCCAAUCUUGGACGAGAUUUCUUUUUGGGCAAAGAAAUUCAACAUACCACCACCAGAAGUGAAAUUUGGCAGCUGGGAUGUUAAGCUGAUGUUCCGACCUAGUCAAAUCAAGUAA